CUGGGUCAGAAGCUAUAUCCAGCUGCUGGCAGAGUUCCUGUCAAGGGAUCAGGUCUUCCAACAGAAUGGUUAUGGUUUAACUCAGCAGAAUUUGUUGAACAACUACGAUAUGCUGGGGACCAUGGCAUGGAAUGCAACUUGCAAAAACUGGCUGGCAGCAGAGGCUGCCCUGGAAAAGUACUACCUUUCCAUUUUUUAUGGGAUUGAGUUCGUUGUGGGAAUCCUUGGAAAUACCAUUGUUGUUUAUGGCUACAUCUUCUCUCUGAAGAAUUGGAAUAGCAGUAAUAUUUAUCUCUUUAACCUCUCUAUCUCUGACUUAGCUUUUCUGUGCACCCUCCCCAUGCUGAUAAGGAGUUAUGCCAAUGGAAACUGGAUAUAUGGAGACGUGCUCUGCAUAAGCAACCGAUAUGUGCUUCAUGCCAACCUCUAUACCAGCAUUCUCUUUCUCACUUUUAUCAGCAUAGAUCGAUACUUGAUAAUUAAGCAUCCUUUCCGAGAACACCUUCUGCAAAAGAAAGAGUUUGCUAUUUUAAUCUCCUUGGCCAUUUGGGUUUUAGUAACCUUAGAGUUAAUACCCAUACUUCCCCUUAUAAAUCCUGUUAUAACUGACAAUGGCACCACCUGUAAUGAUUUUGCAAGUUCUGGAGACCCCAACUACAACCUCAUUUACAGCAUGUGUCUAACACUGUUGGGGUUCCUUAUUCCUCUUUUUGUGAUGUGUUUCUUUUAUUACAAGAUUGCUGUCUUCCUAAAGCAGAGGAAUCGGCAGGUUGCUACUGCUCUGCCCCUUGAAAAGCCUCUCAACUUGGUCAUCAUGGCAGUGGUAAUCUUCUCUGUGCUUUUUACACCCUAUCAUGUCAUGCGGAAUGUGAGGAUCGCUUCACGCCUGGGGAGUUGGAAGCAGUAUCAAUGCACUCAGGUCGUCAUCAACUCCUUUUACAUUGUGACACGGCCUUUGGCUUUUCUGAACAGUGUCAUCAACCCUGUCUUCUAUUUUCUUUUGGGAGAUCACUUCAGGGACAUGCUGAUGAAUCAAAUGAGACACAACUUCAAAUCCCUUACAUCCUUUAGCAGAUGAGCUCAUGAACUCCUACUUUCAUUCAGAGAAAAGUGAGGUGCUUGUGAAACAGAUUGUUCUACAGAUGAAUCUGUAAGCCAGUUACAGUUUGCUUUAACUCAUAGACAUCAAUCAGAGAGUGUCACAGAUUUAACCUUGAUCUAAAGACAAGUUGUACCCAGAGUAUGUGAAAAGAAUGGGACGACAAGAAUGUACUGGUUUCUUCCUCUAAGAAUUGAAAGGACUUGGACUGCCUUAUGUUUGGGCAUGUAACUCCAAAAUACUAGGUAUUAUAAGGCUUUCUCAAUCAGUGCAAAAAUGGAAGAUAUAUAAAGCAACAAGUUGUCUGCAUUUGAUCAUUGGUCA